AUGUGCAAUAUAUGGUGAUUAUCCACAUCAAAUCAAAAAGAAUUUCUAAAUUUACAAAAUUAUAAUCUUUUAGAAUUUAGUUAAUUUACAAAAUUGAUAAUGUGAGGGCAACAAUACAACCAUCGAACCUAACCCAAUUUUAUGAUUUUGUAAAUCAAAUCAAACCUAAUGAAUGUAUUCACUAAUUGAGUCCAAUCUACUCAACUUAGAUUAUAGAAUUAUUUAUAAGAUUCAAAAUCACGACAGCACAUGAUAAACGGGUGGGGUUGCUCACCCCGAAUCUUUCGCCUUCUGCAAACUCCGCCGCUUCGACAAAGAAUAAUGAGAAGAAUCAGAAUUCAGAAUCGUUUCCGAAUUUACAUCCCACCUCCGUUUCGCAUAGCUCCCAUAAACCCAAGAGAGAGAAAAACCCUAUACGCAGAAAAGGGGGAUGGCGGCCAGAGUGAUCCGCGUGGCGCAGGACGGCACUGGAGAUUACCGGACUGUGCAGGAAGCCAUAGACGUUGUGCCUCUCUGCAACAAAUGCCGGAUUGUGAUUCGCGUGUCGCCGGGUGUGUACAAGCAGCCAGUCUACGUUCCCAAGACGAAGAACCUCAUUACACUUGCUGGGUUGCGCCCUGAGGACACUGUACUCACCUGGAACAACACCGCCACCAAAAUCGAUCAUCACCAGGCGGCUCGGGUGAUUGGGACUGGAACUUUUGGGUGUGGGACUGCUAUCGUUGAAGGGGAGGAUUUUAUUGCCGAGAAUAUCACUUUUGAGAACUCUUCUCCUGAGGGUUCAGGACAAGCUGUGGCAAUUAGAGUAACGGCUGAUCGUUGUGCCUUCUACAAUUGCAGGUUUCUUGGGUGGCAGGAUACUUUGUAUUUGCAUUACGGAAAACAAUAUCUGAAAGAUUGCUAUAUUGAAGGAAGUGUGGAUUUCAUCUUUGGGAAUAGCACUGCUCUGUUGGAGCAUUGUCAUAUUCACUGCAAGUCAGCGGGAUUCAUAACAGCACAAAGUAGGAAAUCUUCUCAGGAAUCAACUGGCUAUGUAUUCCUCAGAUGUGUGAUCACUGGCAAUGGUGGGGCUUCGUAUACACAUCUUGGACGACCGUGGGGACCCUUUGGAAGGGUGGUCUUUUUAUACACAUGGAUGGAUGCUUGCAUCAAACAUGUAGGUUGGCAUAACUGGGGCAAAGCCGAGAAUGAGAGAAGUGCUUGCUUUUACGAGUACAGGUGUUUUGGACCAGGCAGUUGCCCAUCAAAACGUGUAACAUGGGCUAGAGAACUGGUAGAUGAAGAAGCAGAACAGUUCCUCAUGCAUUCUUUUAUUGACCCGGAUGUGGAGAGGCCUUGGCUGGCCCAGAGAAUGGCUCUGAGGAUACCAUAUUCCGCAUAGAAAUUAUAUUGCUGGAAAUAUGCAGUAGGUUCCCAUCUGAAAAUUGGAAAAAAAAAUGAAAAAGAAAGAAAAAGAAAAAAAAAAGGUUUUCAGAUCUUAUAUGUACGAUGGGUUCAGCCUUUAUUUGACUUCCCUGCAGAUGAUUUGUGAUUGUAUUAUUUAUGCUAUAGAGUUGUAUCCUCAACUAGGUUCUGAGGAAAUCAAAUGGUUGUUUCUGGGCACACAAUUAAACUGUUUAGCUCAGUAGUAUUGAGACCCUUGUAUAAUGGUCAAUGUGCCAAUAAGAAUUUUAUGAUAUUGAACAAA